GGAACAGCGCGCGGGGACAGCUGGGAGCUUCAGCACAUACAGGAAGACCGGAGGUACGGAAUCAAGACCUUAAUACGCCUUCUUGAAAGAAAGGGGUAUCUUGGACCAUAUUCAUAUUUCUCGAAAGGCGAAGGCAUGGCAGGGCUGGAGAGUCUGGUGCAGCGGCUGGAGGUUGCCGUGGGGCGUCUGGAGGCUGUGUCCAGCAGCGGAGGAGCAGGCGGAUCUCCUUCAGCUACUGGAGUUGUGUCUGUGUACGUUGAGGCCUUUGAUGUCCUGAUCUCUGGCCCUGUGGCCGAAUACACUGCCCUGAGUCAGAAGAUAGGGGGCGAUGUCCAGAAGCAUGCCGAGAUGAUGAAGCAUGGUUUCUCAUGUCAGAGGCAGCUUCUGGUCACUGCCUCCUGCAGCCAGAAGCCCUCUGAUGACACCCUGUCCUCUCUGCUGGCUCCAGUAUCGAAAGUGAUUCAGCAGGUGCAGUCGUUUAGAGAGCAAAACCGCUCCUCUCCUUUAUUCAACCACCUCUCAGCUGUCAGUGAGAGCGUGCCUGCCCUCGGCUGGGUCGCCAUGGCCCCAAAGCCAGGCCCAUAUGUCAAGGAGAUGCAGGAUGCUGCCAUGUUUUACACAAACCGGGUGCUCAAAGAUUACAAGGAAAAGGAUAAAAUGCAUGUGGAUUGGGUCAAGGCCUACCUGUCCAUCUGGACUGAGCUGCAAGUUUACAUCAAGCAGCAUCACACCACUGGACUGGUCUGGAGCAAGAGUGGUCCUGUUGCUUCAGCCUCUGGAGCAGCAAGUGCCCCAAGCAGUGGACCUGCUGCACCCCCUCCGCCUCCACCUCCACCCGCAGACCUGAACCAGUCUGCAGGUGGAGAAACGGGACAAGUCACCCGCAGUGCUCUCUUUGCCUCCAUCAACAAGGGAGCUGACAUUACUAAAGCACUGAAGCAUGUAUCUGAUGACCAGAAGACUCAUAAGAACCCAACACUGAGGAUCCAGCCAGGCCCUGUGCACACGGGACCCAGACCUUUUUCAUCUCCCAAGGUGACACCGACCAGUGCUACUGCCCGCACCCUGCCUCCUGUGCUGGAACUAGAUGGCAAGAAAUGGAGAGUGGAGAACCAGGAGGGUGCUCAGGGCCUUGUGAUCAGUGACACUGAGCUAAAACAGGUGGUCUAUGCCUUCAAGUGCAACAACAGCACUCUGCAGAUAAAGGGAAAAAUCAACUCCAUCACCAUAGACAACUGCAAAAAAAUGGGCCUUGUGUUUGAUGAUGUUGUGGGUAUUGUUGAGAUGAUCAACUGCAAGGAUGUUAAGGUCCAGGUUAUUGGCAAGGUACCAACAAUCUCCAUCAAUAAGACUGAUGGUUGCCAUGUGUACCUGAGUGAGGCCUCUCUUUCUUGUGAGAUCAUCAGUGCCAAGAGCUCAGAGAUGAAUGUGCUGGUGCCUGGAAAAGAUGGAGAAUUUACUGAGAUCCCAGUUCCUGAACAAUUUAAAACAGUAUGGGAUGGAAGAAAGCUGGUGACUACAGCGACUGAAAUUGCGGGAUAAAAAGUUUCACCUUUUCGUUAGAGCGCUCCUUAACCAAUGCCUAUCUGGCUGACUUGCCAACCACAUGUGAGACUGAAAUGCCAACCAUCAUCACUCUCCUUAUUAGCCAGUCACAGCAGCAGUACCUUCCUUCAGCCAAUGAAAUGACUGCUUGCUUUAUGUGGCACAAUCCUUUAGCUAGGGGCAGAGAUUAACUCUUCAUUCCAUUUGAUAUUAUUAAAUAGCACUUCAAAACUAAUUGCCAACAAUCAUUUUUGUUUUGCUGUUUUCUUAACCAUUCCAAUUCAAGGAAAAUAAAAUGUGAAUGGCCAAAAUGAUGCAAAGAUUUGUUUAGCCUCUCUAGCCUCUUUAAUCUAAUUUUGUAAUUCUUAUUAUGCAUAGAUGCAUUAAUUUGCUUUAUGUGGUCACGUGCUGGGUUUAGGAGGGGGUUCAAGUGUUUUUCUGUUCUAUAUAUGCAAUUCAGGCCUGAAGCACAUCCUUUCCUCAGACAGCCACAAAGACACCAUUUAGGAGAUUGUUUCUAGGGACAAUUAUAACAGUUCAUCAUACAUAAUAAAUCACUUUUUUUUUUUGUCUUAGCAAAAGUAAUGCAAAUAUAAGAUUUCAAUAUUUCUGGAGUAUUUCCUCACACUGUGUCUGAGUAUACAAUGUUUUUACCCAUAGCACUGUAAAGUACCAUUCCAUGAUGGAAAGUGCAUGACUAUAAGAACAUGGGCAAUUUAUUUAGAAACAUCCAUGUAAUUUUUAUCUUUUACCACAAGAGCUGUUUAUUGUCAGAGUGGACAUCCAUACGCUGAGUUGCAUCAUUGGUGGCAGUUCUUUCCUGUGAAGGAAAGAAUAUACCAUAAGCUUCUACCUAUCUGUCAUUUAAGCUCAAACUUUUAAACUAUUUUAUCUCCUAGUACUCAGGUCAGGUGGAUUUGUUUUUAAUCAUUUGACUUUUUAGGGAUUUUUGUUUUCUUAUUUGGUAAUGAAUCAAUAUUCUGUGCAGUAGUACUGGAGGAAGAUAUUGAAAUUACUGCAAUAAAUUUAAUGUCACAGUGUUCUGUGUCUGUA